GUGUGCAGGAAAAAAUUACCCAUAAAUCCAUAACUCGUUCCUUUCUUUAUUUUAAAGAGACUUGCUUUGUUAUUUUUAGAAAAAAAUUGAGUGUGUGUGUGUGUGUGAUUAGUUUUAAAUAAAGAGCUAGCUUGGUUAGUGUUUCUUCCAAUGAGUUCUGCAGCUAAAAAACAAAACACUUCCUUUCAAAUGGAGUGAAGCAUAGGAAUGAAAUUUUUGGGAUAUAUGAUUAGUUUACUUGUUGCCCAAUGAUUGAGCUUGCCUAGCACCAACCAAGGGAGAAAAAAAAAAAAAAAAACCUUGUAAGUGAGAGAGAGAGGAGAUUCAUAGAGGGAGAGAACAUGAAGUCCAUGAGUAAUGAUGAUGAUACCAACAACAGCAAUAGCAAUAGUAGUGGUAGUAACUGGUUGGGCUUUUCUCUCUCUCCUCAUGACAUGAACAACAAAGAGCUUCCUCUAGACCCCCAUCAAACUCAUCAUCAUCACCAUCAUCCAUCUAACGCUGUUUCUGGUUCAGUAGUCCCACCAAGCUUUUUCCAUUCCUCACCUCAUUUCAGCUACUAUGGUGAUCAUCAAAAUGGUGGUGUCUAUGGCUCUCCUUUGACAGUCAUGCCUCUCAAGUCUGAUGGCUCCCUCUGCAUUAUGGAAGCUCUCACCAGGUCACAACCACCACUAGGGAUGAUAACAACUUCAAGUGCUCCAAAGCUGGAGGACUUCUUUGGUGGUGCAACAAUGGGGACCCAUGAAUAUGAAAGCAGUGACAGAGAAGCAAUGGCUCUGAGCUUAGACAGCAUGUACUACCACCACCAUCAAAACCCAGAUCAUGAAACAAACAGUACCAGUCAAGAUUUGCUACACCAUCUCCAACAAAACUCUAGGCAACAACACCACCAGCAACAACAGCAGCAGCAGAUUCAAGUGCAACAAUACUCGAAUUAUUCGGCAUUUAGAGGCCAUGAGGUGUACCAAACACCGCCGCUAGAGGGCGAGGCUAAAGAAGCCCAAAAUCUCCAGCUCCCAACAAUGUCGGCUGAUGAAAUCUCUGGCAUGAAGAACUGGAUCUCGAGGAACUACCCAACUGGUCUUGCGUUGGAGCAGAAGAUGGUUGGUUUUGUGGGUGACAAUGGUGGUGAAUCUAGGUCUGUUGGUGCAUUGGGUUAUGGGGAUUUGCAUUCUCUGAGCUUGUCCAUGAGCCCUGGUUCUCAUUCAAGCUGUGUUACUGGUUCGCACCAAGUCUCACCUACUGUGACUGGGUGUGUAGCCAUGGAAGCCAAGAAAAGAGGGUCUGAAAAAGUGGAUCAGAAGCAAAUUGUUCACAGGAAGUCCAUUGAUACAUUUGGGCAGAGAACCUCACAAUACAGAGGUGUUACAAGGCAUAGAUGGACUGGUAGAUAUGAAGCUCAUCUAUGGGACAAUAGUUGCAAGAAAGAAGGUCAAAGCAGGAAAGGAAGGCAAGUUUAUCUGGGGGGUUAUGAUAUGGAAGAAAAAGCUGCAAGAGCUUAUGAUUUAGCUGCACUCAAGUAUUGGGGACCUUCGACGCAUACCAAUUUCCCGUUGGAAAAUUACCAACAAGAACUAGAAGAAAUGAAGAACAUGACCAGACAGGAAUAUGUAGCUCACUUGAGAAGAAAAAGCAGUGGUUUCUCAAGGGGAGCUUCAAUCUACCGCGGCGUAACAAGACACCAUCAACAUGGAAGAUGGCAAGCUCGGAUUGGCCGCGUUGCAGGAAACAAGGAUCUUUAUCUAGGGACAUUCAGCACUCAAGAGGAGGCUGCUGAGGCCUAUGAUGUGGCGGCAAUAAAAUUUCGUGGGGUGAAUGCAGUAACAAACUUUGACAUAACAAGGUACGACGUGGAUAGAAUCAUGGCAAGCAGCACUCUUCUUGCCGGAGAUCUGGCUAGGCGAAACACCGGCAUAGAAUCCAGUAAUGAGGUCCCUAAUCACAACCCUUUGGCUAAUGACCAUAAUGGGGAAGCCAUUCUCCCAAAGGAGAGCAAUGGGAUUGAAUCAGAUUGGAAAAUGAGCCUCUACAAUUCGUCUCAACCUGAUCAGAAACUAGACGGUCUUGACUCGAGUUACAAGAGCCCGUUGUACUCAAUGGCUGCACAUGAUCUGAUUGGGAUCCAUACAAUGGGGUCAGGUCAGCCAGAGGUGGCUCACAUGUCGAACACUUCUUCGAUAGUGACUAGCUUGAGCAGCUCAAGAGAAGGCAGCCCUGAGAAAAACAACAGCUUGUCACUGCCUUUUGCAAUGCCUCCACCAGCUAGCUCCACAGAUAGUAUGAGUUCUUGGAUCUCAUCAGCCCAGCUGAGGCCUCCCAUGUCCAUACCUCAUAUGCCAGUUUUUGCUGCAUGGACAGAUGGACCAUGACAUGUUUCGGUAAAUCAAUUGGGAAACAAACAGCCUCUCCACCUGCGGAGAGAUAAAGCCGUGUACAUCAAAACCUCCCAAACCUUGCAGCGAUGGCGGGAGAGUCUGGUGCAUUAAGUUGGCUUUUUUAUUUAAGCUAUUUUCUAUGAGCAAAACAACAUAGUAGACAAAUUGGUUUCAUGUGGGGUUUUUUUUUUAUUUUU